UCUAAAUCCCUUGUUUCCUCCUAAUUUUCAGCUUUAUAAACCCUACUCCAGCCGGAUUUGAUUCCUCCCGCCCCAUCUUCCCUCGCCGCACCGUAAAGGAAAACUCCGGAGAGUUCUUCCCUCUCUCUCUCUCUGUCUCUCGGAUUGCGUCUUAGGCCGCCGGUGCUCGCUAUUGCAGCUGCAGAAGCAGGGAGGGCAAUUGUCGGCCGCCUCUCGCCUGCUGUUUGCCGCUACUCCGUUCCUUAAUUAUUGUGUCUACAAUUUGCUUGUUGUAGCUGGGUUUGGUGCAUGAACUUCAGUUCGCCUGCGCAGUGAGGUUGCUUUUCAGCUUAAUUUCCUUCUCCUAUAUCUGCAUUAGCACUGUGCACCCUUCCAAGGCUACUGAAUAACGGGCUUGGCAGUUGGAGUUGAAGGAAACAUAUAGUAGAGAGCGAAAUGGAAAUCGAUUUAGGAGAAGUUCCGUUUAAUAUGGCCUUCCAUCCGUCCGAUAACUUGGUCGCUGCUGCCCUAAUCACUGGAUACCUCCACCUAUAUCGUUAUGGUGCUGACUCCACUUCACAGAAGUUGCUGGAAGUGAAGGCACAUACUGAAUCUUGUAGAGCUGUUCGAUUCAUCAAUGGUGGACAGGGUAGUGAAAUUUGUUAUGUGAUUUCAGCAAUGAUUACUGGGUCCAAGGAUCGAUCUAUCUUGGCAACAGAUAUAGAAACUGGAACUGCUAUUGCCCGUCUAGAAAAUGCUCAUGAGGAUGCCAUCUAUAGUUUGAUCAACGUCACCGAAUCAACUAUUGCAACUGGAGAUGACCAAGGCUGCAUGAAGGUAUGGGACACUCGGCAACGCACUUGCUGCAACUCUUUUACUGCUCACGAGGACUAUGUUUCAGAUAUGACUUAUGUACCUGAGUCAGGGAAACUGCUGGGAACAAGUGGAGACGGGACUCUUUCUGUCCAAACCCGCUCUGAAUUCUCAGAAGAAGAGCUCCUAUCUGUGGUUAUCAUGAAGAAUGGUCGGAAGGUUAUCUGUGGCUCACAAGAUGGGACACUAUUAUUAUAUUCGUGGGGGUUCUUCAAGGAUUGCAGUGAUCGCUUUGUUGGUCUAGCUCCAAAUUCCAUUGAUUGCUUAUUGAAGUUGGAUGAAGAUAGAGUCAUUGCUGGCUGCGAGAAUGGACUCAUCAGUGUGGUUGGUAUAUUGCCCAAUAGAGUCAUCCAGCCUCUUGCUGAGCACUCAGAGUACCCUAUUGAGCGACUUGGGUUUUCUCAUGACAGAAAGUUCCUCGGCAGUAUCUCUCACGAUCAAAUGCUGAAGCUGUGGGACAUGGACGAGUUAUUGCAAAGCGAUGAAGCUAAUAAUACUCAAGAGGAUCAAGGUGAUGCGUCUGAAGAUGAUGAUGGUGAUGGGAUGGAUGUGGAUAUGAAUCCUCCCAAGUCCAAGAAAGGCACCAAGAGGAAAAAUGGGCAAAAUGGCAGUAGCAGUGGCAGUACAAGUGCCGCCUUCUUCUCUGAAAUGUAGUACUUUCACAAACCAUAGUACCAACUUGUCUUGUAUCUCUGUAAUUGAGAGUUAUGGAGAAGUUAGGGGACCAAAGAUUUUAUGGAAAUACUGCUCUCAUUUUCUCAGCAUUGGUUUAAGAUUCAUACGGAUUGCCUGUGUGACGACAACGUGUUGUCGCGAAACCAUUAUGUUUCGUACGUUAUCUAAAAUUUCGAAAAUGAUUGAAUGUUCUCGUAAUAACUAACGCACCAAACUCGAAAUUGCUUUA